GUGACCAGAUAUAGUGAAUGCAGGGUCCGGGGAGAACAAAUAUAGUGAAUGCAGGGUCCGGGGGGACCUGAUAUAGUGAAUGCAGGGUCCGGGGAGAACGGAUAUAGUGAAUGCAGUGUCCAAGGAGACCAGAUAUAGUGAAUGCAGGGUCCAAGGAGACCAGAUAUAGUGAAUGCAGUGUCCAAGGAGACCAGAUAUAGUGAAUGCAGGGUCCGGGGGAGACCAGAUAUAGUGAAUGCAAGGUCCUGGGGGCCCAUUUUAUAUGAAAAAAAAAAAAUCCUAGAGUUUGGUUUUAAUAUGAAAAAAUCAAAUAAC